GGCACAUGCAAACAAGGGAAAGCAAGAAGCACAGAGAAGUAUCAAGUUUCAGAUACCAACCAGCCGCUACGAGCAGAGAGCCAUGCCACAGACUAGUCCCUACAGCUGCCUGGAGCACAUGCUGCUUGUACUCUGUAGCCUGAAGGCUACAGUCGCCUUUCCCAACUCCUCUCCACUGCUGAAUCCCAGCUGGGGGAAUGGAGAUCGCCUGAUGCACCUGUAUACAUCUUCAGAGAGGAACAGCUUCCAUCUCCAAAUCAAUGCUGAUGGCUAUAUUGAUGGUGUUCCUCAUCAAACCAUAUACAGUGCCUUAAUGAUCAAGUCUGAGGGUGCUGGCUGUGUAAUAAUCACAGGUGUGAAGAGUGGACGCUACCUAUGCAUGGACAUGAAAGGAAACAUCUUUGGAUCGCACUACUUCAGUCAAGAGGACUGUGUGUUCAACCAUAGGACACUGGAAAAUGGAUAUGAUGUGUACCAAUCUCCCAAGCACAACUUUCUGGUUAGCUUAGGCAGAGUUAAACAAGCUUUUUUCCCUGGUAUGAAUCUACCACCGUACUCCCAGUUUUUGUCCAGGAGAAACGAAAUCCCUUUGUUUCGAUUCAACACACCUGAGCCCCACAGAAACACUAGAAGUGCAGAUAUUGAUCCAAUGGAUCCUCACCAGAUCCUGGUCCCACAGAGAAAGGUCUCCGCAUUAGGAUCUCAGCUGCAGCUACAAACAGACUUUUCCCACAUGCCCAGGGAACCCAUGAGAAUCAAUCAGAAUGAUGUGGUCAACCCAGAUGACCCACAUGCCAUGAUGGAUGCCAGGAGGUACGCAAGUCCUCGCUUUUAUACUACAAGAUAACUGGGGCCACCUGCAAAUUGAUGACAUGCGUGAGUGAAUAUAAUAGACAAAAGGAGGUGCCUAGCACACUCAAUUUCUAACUCUUAAGAUGGCUAUUAGAAAACUGAAAGAUACUGGGAAAAAAUCCUUUAUUUCAAAUUUUGUCCUUACAGAUGAUAGUUCACUGAAAAAAAGAAAAGGGAAAAAAAAAAAAAAAAAAAGAGUUGCACUCUGCUUUACUGGAAAGAAGAUAUAUUUUCAAAAAGAAUAAUAGAAACCAAAUAUUUUAAGGUCUGAAUUACCUUUAGUAUGCAUCAGUGAGAAACAAAAUUCACUGGAAUGAAUGGGAAACUGAUGUUGUAUUACUGAUGUAGCUUGGAAGAGACUUGGGCCCUGGAGCAACUGAGAUUCCAGCAGAAGCAGAGAAUCCUCUUACCAGCUCACUUGCAAGCACAGCAGACUAACUAACCAAUGGUGUGUUAUAUUAUUAUCUAAAACUUAUGAUAUAUG